AUGUACGAAGUCGAACCUCUACAGGAGUACGAGCUAGUAUCUCAACUGCGUGUUCCUGGCUGGGAGCAGAAUCCAGCUUUAUGGCCUGCUCCCAUCCCUGAGGCGGGUCGGGCAUGACGGCCUGCUCUCAUUCCCGAGCCUGGUGUGGCUGUAGCGCCAGCGCUGCCUCCACUUCCUCGUCUUCAACGUGCGGACGAUGGCGAGGUUGCUCCUGUUCCUUUACCAGCUGUCGGCCCGUUGGCCGAAGGGUUAAAGACGAAGAGCAGCCCAUCGAUCAUCGACGCGAAGUGGCUAUUGAGGCUAUCGACAGUUACGAAGAUGACGACCCUGUGGAGCGUGCUCCACCUCUACCUCCUGACGAUGGUCACGAGUACCGGCAUUAUCGUGUCGGUCGCAAUCCCGGUCUGCUCGAGAACAUUGACGAGGGCAACAUUCUACCGGUUCGCACGCGUGCUCAGCGUCGCGUCGCCGCCAUCAGUAUUGUUUGCACGUGCAAGAUCGUUCGUCGCGAACCAGAGCUCAUCGCGUCGUUUUCCACUCGUCACCCACCGCUUCCCAAGACCUUCAAGGAUGCGAUGGCUUCGCCCGAGGCCGAGUCGUGGGACGCUGCGUCCGUCAAGGAAGUCAACUCCAUGGGCUUGCACAAGGUUUUCAAGCUUUCGAGGCUACCCACUGGGGCUCGUGCACUGGGCUAUCGUUGGGUGUUUACUUGGUAGGAAGACGCCGAAGGCAACAUCAUCAGCUACAAGGCUCGUCUAGUCGUCCAAAGCUUUGCUCCACGACUGGGGAUCGACUACCACAAGACGUUUGCUCCUGUCUCGUCGAUCACGACGAUCUUGUUCGUUGUCGGCCUUUCUGCCGCUCGCGGACUGAUUCUCGAACAGUGGUCCUGA